AUGGUUGACCUUCCUUACUAUCUUGUCCUCACUGGUGAAGAUCAAAUUGAAGAACUCGUUAUCAAUCACCUACUUAGUGAUGAACUCAACAGAAUUGUUGUUGGAACCCUCAACGUUGGUGGAAUGAGUUCAAUUUUGAACGUUGAAAGGGCAAAUGCAUAUGUGAAUGCAAAUGUCUUCCCUGCCAAUGUCCGGCGGUGCCACCUUCUCUUCCUUCAGGAAUUAUCAGCUGGUGCAGCUACGAUUAUUGCUGUACAUCUCCACAUGGUUGUCUUGCACCACCAUGGUGACUCCGCAAUACUCACCACUUUAGAUAUUGGAAACACGAACCAUGUCCAUGAUAUUAGAGCUGCAAUAUCGACUCUAUUAACAUCUAUCGGUGAUAUGGAUGUGGCAUCUGUCCAUGUACCUCGCAGCAUCGCUCCAAGAAACCAGUUUCUGGAUACUCUAAAUAAUCUGAGCCUCACAAUUUCUUCUGGCGAUUACAAUACAACCCAGGGUUACAUUGGCAACCGCUUGAACCUUGUUCCUCAAAACAAUCCAAACAUGCUCACUACUACCAAUACUCAGAGAUCAGGUGCCAUUGAUCAUAUCUUGACAACAACAAUCUUUACCAGAGUUAGUGAUCGUCGAGUUAUUUCGCUAAACCUACAAAAUCUUGGCCUCGCUGCAAAUCAUACUCCAAACCAUCACUUCGUACAAGUAGUUCUCAGAUUGAAUAACCAUGCUCGCAGUUUGUUCGAAAUUAAUAUCACCUACGAGGAUGAAGAUGGAUAUCAUAUUUUUCCAGAGUCUUUUGCUGGUUUCGAAUACGACAAUGAAUAUGAAGAUGAAUAUGAAGAUGAAUAUGAAGAAGAGGCAGAGGAAGAGGAGGAAGAAGAGGAUGAAGAGGAUGAAGAGGCAGAGGAAGAGGAGGAAGAAGACAUCACGCCCAAGAAAUCCAAGAAAUCCAAGAAAUCCAAGAAAUCCAAGAAAUCCAAGAAAUCCAAGAAGAAGGAUGAAGAGGAUGAAGAGGCAGAGGAAGAGGAGGAGGAAGAAGACAUCACGCCCAAGAAAUCCAAGAAAUCCAAGAAAUCCAAGAAAUCCAAGAAAUCCAAGAAAUCCAAGAAAUCCAAGAAGAAGGAUAAACAACAAGUUGUGGAGGAGGAUGAAGAGGCAGAGGAAGAGGAGGAGGAAGAAGACAUCACGCCCAAGAAAGACAAGAAAUCCAAGAAAUCCAAGAAGAAGGAUAAACAACAAGUUGUGGAGGAGGAUGAAGAGGAUGAAGAGGCAGAGGAAGAGGAGGAGGAAGAAGACAUCACGCCCAAGAAAUCCAAGAAAUCCAAGAAAUCCAAGAAAUCCAAGAAAUCCAAGAAAUCCAAGAAAUCCAAGAAGAAGGAUGAAGAGGAUGAAGAGGCAGAGGAAGAGGAGGAAGAAGACAUCACGCCCAAGAAAUCCAAGAUCUCCAAGAAAUUUUUUUUUUUCAAAAAAAUUCGAAAAUUCUAA